AUUGCCCUAAUGAUCCAGUUUACUGGCAGACGCCUACUUGCCAAGAUGGUCGGAAACUCGAGUUGGCUUCUCCUCCAGGUUCUGGCUCUGGUCGCCGGAGCCCAUGGAGCCUCUAUUCUGGGUCUGUUCACCAGUCUGAGUCCAUCGCACCUGGUAAUCCAAAUGUCGAUGGCCCGGAUUCUGGCAGAGAGGGGCCACAACGUGACUGUAGUCACCACGCUGAAGCCCCCGUCCCUGCACAAGAACAUCACACACAUCCUCGUGCCUCUGGAAGAGAACGACCUUCAGGCCUUCAGCGUACUGGUUGGCGGACUGACCAAGAAGGAGAACAGCAACUCCCACCUGACGAUGCUGCGAUCGGUGGGACAAAUGAGCGAGGCCUUCUCCAAGAUGGGCAGCGUAAUGAAGCACCAGAAAGUCAGAGACCUCUACGAGCACCCGGACAACAGCUUUGACCUGGUUAUCGUGGGCUACUUCAUGAACAGCUUCCAGCUGGCCCUGGCCCACAAGCUGAAGGUGCCGCAGGUGGUGGCCCUCUCGAACCCGCCGUCCCUUUUGGGGGACGUUCUGGGAAACCCCAGGGAGGUCUCCUACGUGCCCUCGAUGCAGCUGGCCACCGAACCCGGACCGAUGGGCUUUGGAAAGCGAGUGGUCAACCUCUUGUCGAGCCUGGGCCAUCGGCUGUUCACAUUCGUGCUCGAGCAGGGAAACGCAAGGACAUACAGGGAGAUCUAUGGAGACGACCCUUCCCUCCCCAGCUACGGGGACUUGAACAAAAACAUUUCUCUGGUCUUCUUUGCCUCCCACGGUAUAAGCGAGGGUCCCAUCAGACCCAACGUUCCGGCUGUAAUCGAGGUGGGGGGCAUCCAGGUCAAGGACCGUCCCGACCCACUUCCCCGAGACAUUGAGGAGUUCCUCAGAGACACUCCACACGGCGCUAUUCUUCUCAGUCUGGGCUCGAACCUAAAGAAAGAGCACCUCCAACCCGACACGGUGCGGAAAAUGUUCAACGUCGUCUCAAAGCUGAAGCAGAAGGUGGUCUGGAAGUGGGACGAUCUGGAGAACACGCCGGGAAGGUCGGAGAACAUACUCUUCCUGAAGUGGCUGCCCCAGGACGACAUCCUGGCGCACCCGAACAUCUCGCUGUUCAUAACCCACGCGGGAAAGGGCGGAGUGACCGAGGCCCAGUACCACGGUAAGCCCAUGCUGGCCCUUCCCGUCUUCGGGGACCAGCCCACCAACGCCGACGCCAUGCAAAAGCAGGGCUUCGGACUCUCGCAGAGCAUCCUCGCACUGGAGGAGGCCUCCUUCCUCGAAGGCAUCCAGGAGGUGCUCGGGAACCCCAAGUAUGCCCAGGCCGUAAAGUCGUUCUCCGCUCUCUACCGGGAUCGCCCCAUGAGCGCCCGGGAGACUUUUGUCUACUGGGUGGAGUACGUGAUCCGACACCGCGGAGCUCCGCACCUGCAGAGUCCUGUGGUGCACAUGACCUACAUAGCAGCCAACAACAUUGACGUAUACGCUCUCCUUCUGGUGGCUAUCGCUGCUGUAAUUUUUAUCAGCAAGUUGGUUUUCUGCUUUACUCUCAAGAAGCUCAAGAGCGCUCUCAAAAAGUCUCAAUCUAACAAUAAUCGUAAGUUGAGCAAAAAGAAAAGAUGAUUGUCGCAACCAGAUAAGCAAAUAGCUCUAUUAAAACCGGCUACAUAAAUAGAACAAUUAAAAUGAACUAAAAAUUGCA